CGACGUGCUCGUAUCGCGCGGCGAGCCGGCGAGAGAGAAGCUCGGACGCACAUCGCGCGAGGUAAUCGCAACCUACGACGCUCUCGCGGGCUCUCGUACCGUGUCAGCAAACGCCAGUCAGCGACGGUCGUCGGUGCUCGGUGCACGGUGUCCUCACACAUGGCCAUGCGUCGUCCCGAGCCGGUGACGAUCGCACGAGCACACCUCAUCGUCGAUCGCCGAGUCGCCGCCACCCCCGCGCGACCGAGGACGCCUCCGCUUGGCGAACGAUCGCUCGACCCGAGGGCGAGUUGGCGCGAACCGCUGCGAGAGACUCUCGCGAGGAAGGUGCGGAGGGAAUGACGUAUCGCGCGUCGCAGGAACGUCGGUGAGAGGAUCUAUUCGGGCGGCUUUGCGCGUUCGGCGACACUCUCACCCCGGGUGGAAUCGGCCGCCGCGGCGCGCGACACGCGGCGGGAGGACCGGGAGCGUGCCUCGCCUAUCGGCGCGCCGCUUCGGCCGCGCGAGUCAGUGCUCGGAUUUCCGCGCGAGCGAACGCCGCUUUCGCCGCUCGCUCUCGUCGGGGGACGCGAAUUCUUCAUCGCGAUCCGGAAGUGCCGCGAUCGAUCGCAUCAGUGUACUCGAUGAUACUCGGCUGAACGGCUAGUGCGGGUCUCGUCUUGAAAUUCCGACAGUGCGUAUCCCCUCGCGUCGUACCGGCUAGACUCGAUUCUCGAGACGUCUGAAAAAAGUGCGGCACGACGACGGAGUGGUCUCCCGGUGUGUACACAUCGCGGUGCUCCGAGUACUCCUUGGCAUGGUUACAUAAACGGCCUGGACCGGAGAGGCGGUUUUCUCGCGAGAGGAAGCGAGCAGAACCGAGAAGGAGUCACGCUGACGUCUGUCAUCGGCAGUUGCGCUCGAGAAAAUCCCGGAACGGCAACCAUUUCCCCGGCGAGUUCGCGAUCGACCGCACCGCGGAAAAGGAUCUCGGGCGAAAAGGUACCGUGGAAAGACUCUCGAGAAACGAACAACGCCGUCGGCGAGCACGACGCGAGGCGCCGACGGUCGAUUCGCGUCGAUUUCGCUCGACGAUGACGAGCGCCUCGCGCCUCGCUCGAUCAGACGUCAUUCAUCAUCCUCGGCGCCGCGUUGACAGCACGCCAGGCGUCACCGUGAUCGGCGAUCGCGUUACUUUAUCGUCGAGAUAGCGUCGCGACGACUCGUCCCGCUCCCCCGGAAGGCGAGGAGGAGAAUAAUUGCGGGAGGAACGCGCAUACGCGGUCCCUUCUCGACGGGGCCGGAGGGCAGCCGAGCGCGAUCGGAAGGAAGUAACGUAUAGUCCCGGGUCUCCUCGCGAUCGGCGCCUCUCGGACCGUCGUAUAUCUCGACGGUAAAUGCGCGCAAAUUAUGCGUCUCGCGCUUCUCUCUCCGCAGCGAGGGGAACGCACGGCGUCUAGAGGCAAGAAGAACGGCCGAGGAGAGAUAAUCCGCCUGUUGCGCUUUCCUUCACCUACGGAUCUUCUUCCCGCCUCUCGUUACCGCGGUGAGAAACGAGUGCCAACGACUGACUUGGACGCGGACAAUCCUUCGGGGACGGGGGUGCGGUGGUGCGUUUGACAUAUCUAUUCGCGAGAAACACGUAUCUAUUCGUUGUCCGCGUUAAUCAUUCUCACGUGUGUUGUGAUCGUCGCCUCUUUGAAAACUUGUCCUCGUGAUUCGAGGAAGCUCGGGCAAGAGGGCCACGCGAUAAUCAUACGUUUCGACGUAAUGCGAGAGCGUUUCUUAAACAACGACUCGUAUCGAGAGUGAGCGGAGAUUGUGCUAUUCCGGAAAAACGAGCGAUUGAUUUUUCAGACAAUUUUUUCGACGACGGACAAGAGCCGGUGACAUUUCUUGGUGCGAGAAGGCGAAACGUUCGAUCCCGUUAUCUCUCCUACUAGAAAAUCCAUUCGUUUAGACCUCGAGAGCCGACAAUAAUACACAUUUCAACGAUUGUACGUCGUGUAAUCCACGCGACAGUUGGUCGAUUCUUCUCUACCUUGCUUCGCGCGAGCAAAUAUUCUUAAUCGCCGCGUCCGAUCGGAUCUUCGUGUUCAAGAUCUUCGACCGGGGGGGAUUCUGAGAAACAUUCAGUCAUUCAGUCGGCGCGAAUAAGAAUUCGCUCCAAGAUUCGAGAGAACUUAACGUCAGAGUGGUGCUGCGUCGCCGGGGAAGAAAAUCUAGACACGGAGCCUGGCCCCCGUUGCAUUCGUUCCGAUUGGCGGCGCGGUAGCCAUGUCAUCGCCGGAUCGGCGCGGCGGAUCAUCACGAGAAAUCGACGUGGAGCCGGGAGAGAGUCAUCGUCGUCGGCCCGAUACAUUUACGGCCGCCGAGUAAGAAGCCGAUAGCCGAGGGAUCGGUAAUUCAAGGAUCGAUACGAGCAGAUCGAUCCACCAGCUCGCAACCUACGGCCUCCUUGCUGGCCUGGCCAGCUACUAUGCGAAUUGAAGCUCUCAGCACCCUCCUCGUCGCGGUGGUUUGGCUGACCGCAGUUCUGUGCCCGCGGCUUACUGCCGCCAACAAUCUGACUUUAGCCUCCUCCUCUCGAAGGCCCAGGGAACAGCCUUUCAGAGGACAUUUCCCUAACAAACCAGUGGAACCGACAAAGCGGAUGACAUAUCGAGAGAUGCAGAUGAUUCUGCAACAGGAAGGAGGCGAGGACGGUCACCCCGUCCACUGUUGUCCUGUGAUACUAGAAAUGGUGGAACCGAUCGGCGGUCGAACUCGACAAGACAUGUACGUCGAGCUCUAUCGGGACGGCGAGAACGUUCAGAGGUUCUUCGAGCAUUCUUGCAGACCAGACGUUCUCGAUAAGCCAUGCAGGUUCAUCGACCGGAAGCUCAGUAACCAGUCCAGAUGCGUGCAACAGUUCUCGUAUACGUACGCUCUUGUCGCGAAUUCUGGAGGGAAGAUUGAAAUGGAGGAGCACAGAAGGCAUCAUCAUAAGCAAUUCCAUCAUUUUCCAGCGUUUACCGGCAACAGCGUGAGCGGAUCCAGGUAUACGUUGGAUUAUAUCAGGGUGCGAAGCGGCUGCAGCUGCGAGAUCAUGCCGAAGCCGAGAAAGAAGAAAAGUGGGGCGACCAAGCCGAGGAGAGCAAAGAGCAAACAUCGUCAACAAAGGGACCAAGAAUUGGACUUUGAGACGUGAAAGUAUCGAUUCGCGUCUUAAUGACAAUACAUUAUACGUGUAAUUGUGUUACUGACUCGGGAGGAUAUACGUGAACGAAUGCGAGACACAGAAGACAAGGAUAUAUGCAUGAAGAGUAUCAAUGUUGGUCAGAUAACAGGACGCAAUGAAAACGUUACCAACAAUUGUAUCAUCGAUUUUCUGAUGACAAUUAAGUACAUAAUUAAUUUAUUAGACAUUGUCGCGUAAAACGCGUCGUUUUGUAAAUGACGCGUUUGCCAUCAAUUAAUAGAUUUCUACUCCUUGGUGCUUCGUUUACGAGAACCUCUCUCGUAUUUUAAAUAUUUCUUCCUAUAUUUAUUAUCAUAAUUCUUUUGAUAGAAAAAUUUUCGCGAAUUAAACAUAAGUACUAUUUUCGUGUCAAAUCACUUGCCAAUAUUAAAACGAUAUUAUAGCAAUAAAUUGAUCAUUGUAGAGAUCAUUGUUGAAUGUAGAGACACAACGAAUAUAGUAGUUGAUCGAUUCAAGUUGAUGUGUCGAUUCAAAUGCAAUAUUUCAGGAUAAUGUCAAGAUAGUUUCAUUAAUUUUUAAUAUUAUAAGAGUAUGUUUCGAUGCGCUUCACUUAAUUUAAUUACUUUAGUUUAUUAAAUUUAAUUUUCAUUUUACGAGCGGCCAGUUUUCAUUCUAUAUUCUU